GGGGAAAAGGGAAAAAAUAUGAAAAAAUGUGAAACGCUGCCAACUGUGCUUCGCCCAGGGGGGAAAAACUCCUCUCGUAACUUCGCAUGUACAGUAAUUUUCGUAGAUAACCGUUUGGAUCUGCCGAGCGGGCGGGAAAUUCCCAGCAGGAAGAAAAAUACGGCACGCGCGCUGAGCACCUCCACGUGGGGGCGUAAACUCACGCCAUCGGGGUGUCGGCCAUCAUGCAGUCGACCAUCGGGCAGCCGACCACUGCACUUUGUUUCACCGCCUAAAUGUGCCCACCGCAAUUCUGGCACGCACGGAUAUGCGAACCUGCGCGAAUACACACGGGGGCACACUUCGCUGAGGUGAACGCGCUUGUUCGAAAUGAGCGGCACGUAGGGGAAGGUAACGAGAAAAAAAUUCACAAAGGGGGCAGCAAAAGGGAGCAACAAAAGGGGCGCUUCCAAAGGGGGAAACACCCGCAUAGGCACACGCGAAUGGGUGAGUGUAUGCCGAAGGGGGAAAAAAAGAAGCGCGCCCCUGGGAACAGACGUUAAUGAGUUCCUACGUGUGUGUUUACUUCCACAGUGCACGCCGCGCGACUGCCCAAGGAGCCCCACAAAAUGCGAGGACGAAGAGAGAUCGCCCGCUGCGAACUAACCCUAUAUGAUGCGGCUGCUCGGCCUUCCUGCAUGGGCCUCCCUCCUCAUUACAGCCUGCAGCGCUUUGCAUAUUCGGAACGGCUGCUUCAUCCGUAGUUACCAACAUGCGCGGCCCAUCGGAGGCAGUGGCGAGGAGCAGCUGUACGCUCGAAGCUGCAGUGGCAGUCACCACCGCAGGGGCAAAGCAGCGGAACAGAACAAGUGGACCCUGUUCGGCAAAGAUGGCGAGAUAAAGGAAACCGGGAGAUCCGAACCGAGCGAUGACUAUAAACUGAUGAGAAGGAAAAACUUCAUAAAAAAAUACCAAGUGAAAAGGGAAGAAGUAGAGGCCUACAUAGAACAAAUGAAGAGACACUCCUCCAGUGGGUAUGAGCCUCAAUUUCCGAAGGACGCCUUUAGGACCCCAGACGGAUUGACAAACGUCAUUUUGGAUUAUAAGUACAAAAAUGACAAUUUAAAGAUACACAAUUAUUACUCCUUUUUUGUGUGCUUUUUGAGAAAGCUAGCUGAGCAGGCGGAAAAAAAAAAAAAAAGUGAGCCAAGUGGGGCAAAUGGGCCAAGUGGUCCAUAUGAACCGCGUGACUCGCAUGACCCGCGUGACCCGCGUGAACCGCGUGGCGAACGGGAGGGAGAGCCACUCAUUAGCGUGCAAGACCUGCUGUUCCUGAAAAAGAAGGGCUUCUUCGAAGGAGAUCUGUACACGUGGAAAAAUUGGGUCAUUCUCAACCGGGGAGAGUGGGAAGAUUGCAUCGGCUACGGAGAAGCAGACAAAGAAAAAGAGUACCAAAUAGAGACGCUGCGGAAAAUGGUGGAGCCCAAGAUGAAGAGGAUGCCCAUAGAAUACUGGGGCAGCUUUAGGGCAAUAGACUUCAAUGUGAAUCAUUACCCGAUUUACAAAAGGCUGUUUGACUUCUUUGACAAAGUUACUGUGAGUGGGAACGAGCCGAACGAGAAGUUUUACCCCUUCCUGUUUUACCCCCGGUUCGGCGUGCGCAGGGACAGGUCCGGGCUGGGCUACGGGGACGCGCAGUUUUUCGGCAACUACGGGGAUAUCUACAAGAAGCGCGAGCAGCGCCAGCGCAGGGGGGAAGGCAGCGGUGAGAGCGGUGAUGGCGGGGUCAGCGGUGAAAGCGAUGAACGCGGCGUGGACGGCAGCAGCGUGGAAGGCAGCCUUGAUGGCCGGGUCGACGAACGCGUGGUGCACUCCAGCCUGCACCGGGAGAGCUUCAUAGACAAGUACGACUUCGGGCCGAACGACAUCAAAGUGGAGGAGGCGACGGACAUAAUCAAGUACCCGCAGAACGGCAGGCUCUACCAGAAGUUUUACAUAGGGCCCCUGAACAUAACCGACGGGCACACCUUCGGCACCCUGCUGAAGUACGUCUGCCAGACGCAGCUGUACGGGUACGCCAUAGUCGCGAUUAAAAUCCACAACAUGAAUGAGGAUACCCGAAUAGACAACGUGCAGGAGGACCUCCUAGAAAUUGCCCUUAACCUAUCGGACGUGUGCAUAUACAGUAAAGAAGUAAACAUAGAGACCAAUAUACGACUCAUUUUUAAAGGACCCUUGAUGCUAGUAGCGGGGAUGAUACCCCUGCCGUCCCACCUACAAGUAGUUAACAAGGAGCAGUACAUCUGCACCCUGAAAGAAGAUGGCCAUCUAGACAUUUCAAUAAAAAUUGAGUAUGGCAAAGGUCACUGGCUAACAUACGAAAAAGGGCUAUACAAAAGGGAACUGGGUUCAGAUAACGAAUGUAUGAAAAAAAGACAAGUGAAGGAAGUUGUUGAGAAAAAUUAUAUGCCUAUAAGUGCUAGCUUCGGUACCUGCCGUAUGGUACGUAUGGCUGUACAUAAAAUCGCCACGAAGUAUUGGUGUGAAGAUAGGUGUGAGUUUACAGAUCCGAAGCAAAUGCUCGUGAUGGAGAUUUGGACCGACUGUAGGAUGCUGCCGAAGAAUGUACUGCUGUAUGGAAUUAAAAAUAUAAAAAAGAUUUUGAGAAAGUUCAGGGAGAUGAUCAUUUCUGAUUCGGACUUCCCGUCCGAUGCGGAGGACGAGGAGAUGAAGAAGCUCUGGCCCGCCAUUGACCGGUACAAAUUUUUGCAGACCAAGCAGAAGAUGGAGGGGGGCCCGCCCAUCCACGACGUGGACGCGCAGGGGGGAAGCGAUGUUAGCGGGGAUGGCGGUGUUAGCGGUGGUAGUGCCGGUUGCGGUGGUAGCGCUGAUAGCGGCGGGAGUGAUGGGAAUGGUGAGCGGCACAGCCAAAUGGUUGGCCAGAACCUGCUGGACUCAUUUUCGCAGAAGCUCGUGGACCCGGACAACUUCCCCAAGCACUCAAACAUCAUCCUGCCGCUGGAGGACACGCCGCCGCCCUACCUGGACACCCUGGAGUGGCUAAAAAUGGAGGUAAAGAAAGACAGGAUUCGCAAGAAGAGGAAGGGUUCCGAGAAAAAAACUUCCAAAGCGGCCAACAGGCGUACCUUCGAUUAUGACGACUACCUGGACGACAGGUUGGGCGACAUACUGGACGAGGGCUAA